AUGGCGCGCACACUCACCACUCUCCCCGAAGAGCUGAUCCUGCGCGUCUUCUCUCACCUUCACCGCCUCGACGACUUGUACUCGCUCACACUCACCAACAAGCUCUUCCGCCGCAUCUCACAUGAUGUCUCACCCGCCGACAUUUCACGCCUCGCGCUGAACACGGGAAACUUCCUCCCAGGCCUUCGACCUUACCAGCACACUCUACUGAUUCCGUCUGCGCGUCGCCUGGCAGACUGGGCCAUUCAAAGCAAGGAGAGACGGGACAAGCUCGCCAGUGCCAUGCUCAGCGGGAUCGAUGGACUCGUCGCAAUUGCCAUGGAAGAGGCUCCCAUCACGCUUGACGACAUCCGCAAAACCUGGCGCUGGAAGCAAGCUGUUCUGGACCCGCUCAGUCAAGAGAUGGACGGUAUCUGUGGCCGACCCUCUCAGCCUGACGACUUCCUCACGGUGUGCGAAGAUCCGUCAUUGACGCUUCUGAUGUGGGCCAUCUACGGCGAGCUGUUUCACCACAGUUUCUCGUACCUUUACUCCUGGCACGAUCCCGAUCAUCCAACACCUUUCGACAGUAUCAUGCGGUUCAAGUUCAUGGUGUACUGCAUGCCCGAUGUCAACGCCUUCACUUACAUGGGCCUCGAGCGACCAGCCUGGUUCGAGAGCAUGGCGAAGACCGCUGAUCGCUUUCAGCAGCUUGGCCUCAACCACGCCACACGAGAGUUCCUUCUCCCAUCUCUAUGGGUACAAGCAAUCCGGGAAGUCAUGCCUGGCGUCCUCGAUGACAACGGAGACGAAGGCUGGGGUUUCGAGUACCUCACGAAGGAUCGCCUGUUAGUGACCGCGGUAUCGGGUUCAGGGGUUCAAGCGCUGGACCUUCUUCAAGCAACGCGAUCGACGACUGAAUGCAAAGUCGAACCGCCGCAGCACUUGGUUCGUUGGGUGCACGAGCUCCACCAGAAGAUUGAUCGCCUGCCUCUCGAUGAGAGCGAAACCGGUGAGAUCAGUUGUGGAACGCCAUAUGAUCCUUGGCUGGAGCAGAACUGGGUCACGUUGCCUUGGGAUCAACAGACGACGCUGUGGGAUGCUGGACCGUACUCAUUGAGAGAGAAGGUCUACGAGGAACACGCUCAGAAAGAGGCGUGGGAUGCGACUCGAAGAGCGAUAGGCGAGGAUCCGUUGGCACCGAGCACAGCGAGCAUCGAUUAG